UCCAGAGCAGCCCAGCAGGGGAUCAGAGGCUCUCUCGUCUUGCAGCUACGAGCCACGCUGUCUUCUGCCUCUGUCCAGUUGUCCCUUCGCUGUCCAGUAUGGACUCCCCAAGGCUCCCAGAGGAAACCGUCCUCAUUACAGGAGGAGGCGGAUAUUUUGGCUUCCGCCUCGCCUGUGCUCUGAACAGGGAAGGAGCCCAUGUGAUCCUGCUUGACAUCAGCCCACCUGCCCAGAACCUUCCAGAGGGAAUCACAUUCAUCCGCGGAGACAUCCGCUGCCCCGCCGACGUGGAGACAGCCUUCCGCGGCGCUGACGUUGCGUGCGUGUUCCACGUCGCCUCUUACGGUAUGUCUGGGAGGGAGCAACUGAACAAAACCCUGAUUGAAGCGGUCAACGUCGGCGGCACAGACAACGUCCUCCGGGCCUGCCUGGAGAGAGGCGUGCCCAGGUUAGUGUACACCAGCACCUUCAACGUCGUCUUUGGAGGUCAAGUCAUCAGAAACGGGGAUGAGUCUCUGCCUUACCUGCCUCUUCACCUGCAUCCGGAUCACUACUCGCGGACCAAAUCCAUCGCAGAGAAGAAGGUUCUGGAAGCCAAUGGCUUGCCCUUCAAGCAAGGCAAUGGUGUCCUCAGAACCUGCGCACUGAGGCCAGCUGGCAUCUAUGGGGCCGGGGAGCAAAGGCACUUUCCCAGGAUAGUGAGUUACAUUGAGAGGGGCCUGUUCAGGUUUGUGUACGGGGACCCCGAGAGCCUGGUUGAGUUUGUCCAUGUGGAUAACUUAGCCAAAGCUCACAUUCUGGCCUCCGAGGCUCUGAAAGCUGAGAAGGGCCACAUUGCCUCCGGACAGCCCUACUUCAUUUCGGAUGGUAGACCUGUGAAUAACUUUGAGUUCCUCCGGCCGCUGGUUGAGGGCCUAGGCUACAAAUUCCCAUCCAUCCGCCUGCCACUCGCCCUCAUCUACUGCUUUGCUUUCCUUGUAGAGAUGACCCACUCCAUCAUGAGUAGGCUCUACAACUUCCAGCCCUUCCUCACCCGCACCGAGGUGUAUAAAACUGGCGUCACACAUUACUUCAGCUUAGAGAAGGCCAAGAAAGAGCUAGGCUACACGCCUCAGUCAUUUGACCUACAAGAGGUGGUAGAGUGGUUUAAAGCCCACGGUCAUGGCAGAAGGUCUGGAGGUCAGGACUCCAGGUUCAUUCUGUGGGAUGCAAUUCUGGUCCUACUCUUGGCGCUAUCUCUUCUUACCUGGCUCCCUCCUUCCAAAGCUCUAUGCAUGUGAAGAGAAAGCUACAUGUGGGAACUGAGCCUGCUUCCUGGGAUGCUUUUCAAGAACGCAGGUUUUUUUUUUUAAAGAUGUGUCACAUUCUCUGGUAUCACUCCUACUACCUAACAGUGAGUCUUUAAACCCCGUGGCCAGGGAUGGGCUACCUCCUUAUGAGUUGUUGGUCAGGGAGGCUCCUGAGGCCUUAAAAACAGUACUGGCUAUUGUCAGUGCUCUUAUUUGCCCACCAGAACUAGAUAGUAAGAUCCCCGAUUUCAAAAAAUGUCAUACACUUCAACUGCAGCACAAAAAGAUAUCAAGCUGGAACUGAACCGGAAGGUCCUCCAUGCCUGCUAGGUUUUACAGUGCCGGCAGGUUCUGGGCAGGCUGAUGGAGGAGAAGAGACUUCCUCAGCUGUGGACCCUGUAGACCUCACUACCAGUGCUAGGCCAGGUGUGCCCUCUGAUACAAUAGUGGUAUAUCUGUUAGGGGAAUACCAACCACUUCCUGAUUGAGAUCUGCUCCAUAGGACUGAGUUUAGCUCACAGAUGGAGAGGUCACAGGUCAAGUGUGGCCUACUACUGUUACUUUGCUGGAAAGAAAAAAAAAAUGUGUCCAUAAAUCUGCUUUCUAAAUAUCCAUGCUUAUACUCAUAGACUAGUGCUACUUUCGGCUGUGAUCAGAGAAGCUUCUCUCUGCAGUGGGCAGCAGUUUUACCUCAGAGAUUCAUAACCAGUCAAAGCGCCAAGAAUAAGUGAGUGUUGAAUUCUCAUUCAUAGACAGGACAUUUAUAUAGCCCCUUCCAAGGUUCAUGGGACUUUGUAGUAAAAGGGGUGGAAAAAAUGCAAAAGCUGGAGGAAAGGUCAGAGUGUUGGGGAGUGUGUGUUCUGAGUGACAUGCCCACUGUCCUCAUGGACUAACAGCAGCUGUGAUUACCUAUCCUAGAUGGCAUAUGACGGGACUUAUCACCAUUCAGCCAUGGGAGGAAGAGGAGCUCAGGAUACCCACCCCUCCCCAAGGAGCUGUAGGCAAUUGGUGGUUUCCGAGGAGAGACACUUUCUCAAGUGAUAUUGUCAUGGCUAGGUUGUCCCCAUGCUCCUGUAAGCAAUCUUAAUGAAACUCUUUGGAACACACACACAUGCACACGCACACACGGUUUAGAAAAGAAAGAGGUAAGAGAUCAGUGGGAGUUGGGACAAAAGAGGUAUGAGGUUAAUAUGAUCAAACUACAUUACACACGUCUGAGAAUGUCAUAUAUUUAAUCUCACAUAUUUAAUAUGUGCUAAUAAAAAAAGAAAAAAGAA